GCAUUUGAUCCUAAUUGUGGUGUUAUAUAGUCAAGAAUAGUAUUGCUGCAAUCACAAAGUAAAAAUAAUAAAUUAUUAUGGUUACUAACCCUCUCUGAGCCAUUUAUUUUCAAUGAUUUUGAGGCUAAGAUCAAACGGGCGGUACCAUUUCCUUAGCCUACCUCCUAUAUUAUAAACAGAAGUAGAUUUGUAGUUUGUAGUAGUAGUAGCAGGAAAAAAUUAGGCUUCAUAGUAAUCUUGUAAACAAAUUUCGCCUGAUUCAACUCUGGCUGGACCUGUCUUCAUCAGUUUUAACACUUUCGGCAGGCCACCUGCAGCACAACACCCUUUAUUCUGUCGAUGGUCAUUGUGGCUAGAAAUGAAAUAACAAAAUUUUCGGUUAAACUGAGACAGACAUUCUAUUAACUCAAGAGAUUAUAGAUUAUCAGCCAAAGCUUCCAUUGGGCCUCGGUGGCUUCGAUCGAUUUGCCUGUGAUCGGGGCAAAGUUCACAAUCGAGAUCAAGCCCAGUGCAUGUUUCAUUGACAUGUUCUAGAAUCUAGAUCUACGAGUUGAUAAGUUUGGAACACAAUCAAAACAUUGUUCCAAUCUAGACUAGACGAGAAUUGAGUGCAAGUCAAACUGUCAUUUUUCACAUUUUGGAUGAACUUAAAUUCCUGGGUGUGGACUUCCAAAGUCCAAGUCUUGGUCGUCUUGGAAUAAUAUUGUGAUCUCUGGUGUUCCCUAGCCUGCUGUUUCUUGGAAAAACGUACACACAAAACAACAAACGAACAAAGUAGAACUAGGCCUAGUUUUUCUUUGAUUUUAAAGUGUUUUGCUUUUUCUUUAGUGCCGGAAGAGACUGGAUUUUCUAUAGAGGCCUUCUUGUACUAUAGACAGACUAGGCCUGCUAAUAAUAUAAUAAUAUAUAUGUAUACACACACUUCUUAAAUCACCUUUGAAAGAGUGUGUUAGUUCAAGACUAUUACAGUACUAGAUCUAUAAACUCCUGUUUUGAAGACUGUUUCAUCAAAAUGUCCCACUUUGAUGCAGCACUCCACUUUUGUAUAUUUUACCUUGUUUUUCCUCUUCUUUGUUUGUGGAUCAUUGCUCAUUAUGUAUUCGGCAUGCGUUUCAAGAGUGUAAAGUUGAAGUUUGAAGCUGCUGCGUGUUAUUACUUUUGUGGAUUUUUUCAUUCAAGACUUUGUUCAAAGGAGAAAGUGUUAUUAUUCAGGUCGCUCCCAGAUCUGAAAAAGAAACUCGGAGUUCCCUCUUUGAAUGUUCUGGAAAUAGGCAUCGGCAGUGGUCAAAACUUUUCUCUUUAUCCACAAGGGACGAAAGUUACAGCGCUGGACCCAAACCCUGACCAUGAGCAUUUCUUGAGAAAAAAUCUGGAAAGGCACAUCACUUUUAAUGGUUUUAUCCGAGCAUUUGGAGAAAAUAUGUCACAGGUCGAGAGUGAGUCCUUCGAUGCUGUCGUGUGCACCUUGACCAUUUGCUCAGUCCGAGACCCAGAUGCUGUAUUGAAGGAAGUGCACCGGGUCCUGAAACAGGGUGGUGUUUUCUACUACUUGGAGCAUGUUGCUGGUGAAAAAGGCUCCUUCAUCCGAUCAGUUCAGGACUGGCUUCAAGUGAUAUGGCCUUAUUUUACUGGAGGAUGCUCCGUCAACCGAGAGACCUGGGUCUAUUUGGACAAGUCCAGGUUCCGAGACGUGCAGUAUCGACGCUACUCGGCCAACACGUGGUUAGCGUUCUUCAUCAGGCCGUUCUUGUACGGCACAGCUGCGAAGACAUAGCAGCAAAGAGUUUUUUAGGGGAGAGUUACGUUUAUUUUCCAUUUUAUACCUGUAUGAAUGAAGCAUGUUUGGUUGUCGACGCAUAAAAAGGUUUUUGUUUCAAUUUUAAUACUCUGUCUGGCAUGCAUUUAUAGUGAAACAUGUCAUGUACAUAGCGAACAUAUUUUUAGAUUAAUUUUUAGUCCUGAAUUUUAAAAAAACAAUCUGAUCUAUUUGUAUUUAAAAUAAACUCGUAACAUAAUAACAAAAUUUGUUUAUAUAAUAUAAUAAAAAAAAU